CAGGACAGCACUGGAUGCUGUAGUUAGGGAAAACCAUGGCUUCUGACUGGAGCAGAGGUCACUUGACUGACUGCACUAUCCAGAGGUGGAAGAUACAACCAAAGGAGUUCAAGGACGUUUAUGACCCGAGUGCACUUCCCAAGGUGACUUAUCUGCUCUAUGAAAUUAAAUGGGGCAACAGCUCCAAGAUAUGGAGAAAGUGGUGCCGAAACACCAGCACCCAGCAUGCUGAAAUCAACUUCCUGGAAAAUGCCUUCAAGGAAAGAUCUUUCAAUCCUUUGACCCACUGUUCUAUCACCUGGUUCCUCUCCUGGAGUCCUUGCUGGAAAUGCUCCCAAUCUGUGGUAGAGUUCCUGAAGACAUACCCCAAAGUGAACCUAGAAAUGUAUGUAUCACGGCUCUUUAGGCAUGAAAACAGAAGCAACCGUCUAGGCCUGCGUGACCUGGUGAUGAAUGGAGUCACCAUUAAAGUCAUGGACCUCUCAGCUUACAACUAUUGUUGGAGAACAUUUGUCAACCUUCAAAAUGUAGAAGAUUACUGGCCUUGGCACCUUACCCCAUGGAUAAUGUUCUUUUCUUUUGAACUCCAGCUUAUCCUUCAGGUUAGUAGAUUUGGGAGGAAAAGAUUCGAUCCAGAAGUUAUCCAGAGUCAUGUACAGAUGAGGUUCGGCUGA